UAGGGUUAUUCGUCUAUGAUUUGUCAAGUCGAUAAAAAUGCAAAGUAAAUUUUAUUAAUUUUUAAACAAAUCUGCAAUAAAAACAUAUUUUUAAAUUGUUUGUAUGAAAACAUAAUCCUGUUCAAGUAAACGCUCGCUGAGAGCUUUGCAUGAGAGUUGUUUACAAGUACAAAUCAUGGUGAUUGUGUGAUCGAGAUGAGUUCAAAGCCACAAAUUUAUCAUGAGAAGCAAGUAAAGGAGCUAUGCGCUUUACACGCACUUAAUAAUCUAUUCCAGACUCGUAACACAUUUUCCAAGUCCGAACUGGACACAAUAUGCAGCCGCCUGUCCCCCAAUGUGUGGAUAAAUCCUCAUCGCUCCAUGCUGGGUCUUGGCAACUAUGACAUCAAUGUCAUCAUGGCAGCUCUGCAGAAGAAGGGCUGUGAAGCAGUGUGGUUUGACAAGAGGAAAGAUCCCGGAUGCUUAGAUCUGUCUAAUAUCUGUGGGUUCAUCCUGAACGUGCCAUCGGACUACAAGCUGGGGUUUGUGAUGCUGCCUCUGCGCCGUCGACACUGGAUCACCAUCCGGCAGAUACAGGGGAAUUUCUACAAUUUGGACUCCAAGUUAGACGCCCCACAGUUAAUAGGAAGGAGUAGUGAUCUAAUAGCAUAUUUGAAAGAGCAGCUAGGAAGCAAAGAGAAGGAACUUUUUGUGGUUGUGAGCCGGGAGGUGGAGGAGAAACAACUAUGGAUGAACCAGUUCCUGAACAACAGAGGACAUGAGCUCCCCAAUCACAAGGACUCUGCCCCUCAGUGUGACAGCCCUGACUCCAGCCCCACGUGUGACUAUAAUAGUCGUGAUGCCGAGUGCUUGAGGUUGAAUGAAGUGAGGAACUGUGUUAAUAGGGACAACUUUUAAGUGAAUUUUUCAAAAAAACUUGUGUUACAAUCUUAGACGCAACACCCACCUACAGAGUGGAGUGCAGCCAAGGUGUAGUCUUUUUUAUAAAAAUUGGAUUUAAUGCAAAAAUUGACAAAGUCCAUUUUAUCAACUUUUAGAGUGGCAAUGGCAUCAAUUCAGUUGUCUUUUUCUAAAUUAUAUUUAGAGUAUCUGCAUCUUGUUUUUUUUCAAUACUGCAAAAAUGGGACAGAAAAUAAUUUUUAUUUUAUUUUAGAUUUGAAGACUCUGAAUGAUAGUGUACUCUACAAAUUUAAACAAAAGGCUCACAACUGGCGUGACUUUAGUCACGGGAUUUGACAUAUCUAAAUUAAGUAUGUCUGUUCUUUUCUUAUCACACCAGUACCAUUGUAAGAUAAAAGCACCUAUGCAAAAAGCAGAUACAACCCUUUUUGUACAGCAUUGUAUACUAAUUAUUGUUGUUCUGUUUUAAGCAUUUUUGAUAUAACAACAUUUUGCAUUAUAUUCUCCAAUUUAAGCUCAAUUUUAUUUACUUUGGUAUAUGGUAGAAAUUCGUGUAAUAAUAAAAACAAAACAUGGAGGACACUCAAGGCUGAGUUUGCUGAAAGUUAUCAAAAAUGACGCUGCGUUUUGGUUUUGGCUCCACUUCAUUCGUGUGGUGGGCGUUGCGCCUUAUUGAGUAGAACGACUAGGGACUCCAAAAGACUUUUGGUGUGUUUAGUCAUUAAACUCGAUUUGUGCUGACGAUUCUCUAUGUGUUCACUUGUAUGACUGUUGUGUGUUGAGUGACUGAUUGAUGUAAUAAUAAUAAAUAUUAAUAAUAUAAAUUAUCAUAAUAUAAGCUACUUAUUGUAAGAUUCGGACUGUCAUUUUUUCCAAUAACGAAGUUAAAAUUUCUUUACUGAUAGUAUUGUCAUUCGAUUUUAAGGAUUAAUGAAUGCUGUUCAUAAUACUAAAAACAAUAAUAGUAUAAGCUUUGAGCUCAUGAUCUUUAAUCUGGGAUUUAUUGAGCAACACAACAAUGUACAAUUGUCUUCAUUAUUAACUAAAACUUAGGCAGUCAUUAUUUCGUAAACGGUAGUUUUUUUCCAAGAACUUUCCAAGAAACAUCAUAAUGAUUUUAAAAUAGGCACCUUUUUAACAAGGUAUCAAAGCAGUAGCAAACUUUUGUAGAAAUAUGGUUUUACUAAAUUCCAUGUUUUUUAGGCGAUAACUCACAAACUAUUUUUGUGGUUUGCUGCUUUUUAAAUAAAAUUGAUCAAGUGCGAGUCGGACUCGCAUACGAAGGGUUCCGUAAUUCCGUACCAUCGUACAAGAUAUUUUAAUAUUUUUAUGUGCAAGUUAUUGACAACAGCACCAUCUAUGUGAUUUAGUCUAUUAAUUUUUUUGUGAUGUAACCACAAAUUCUCUGUUUUCGUAUUUAUUCCUUUACUUGUGCUAUAGGACCCACCUACCUACCGAAUUUCGUGAUUCUAGGUCAACGGGACUCUAUAGGUUUUAUUGACAGAUACGACGGACGGACGGACAGACAGACAGACAAUAAAGUGAUCCUAUGAGGGUUCCGUUUUUCCUUUUGAGGUACGGAACCCCAAAAAAAGCACAGCAGGAUUACACGCUCCCGCUUUGGCAUUCGGGUAGCAAAGUAAACUGAUAGCGACUGUUGCUCAAUACAUCUCUUGAUUCAUAUGCUCACAUGACCUGUCUUGGUUUAAAAAAUACAUAAACAUAGUAUUGAGUUAACUCCUUGUUAGACUCCAUUCACAUGGCAUUGCACCGUACAUUUAUGCAGGAUAAUAAAUCUUACCAAAUACGUAGUUAUCAGUUAUCACGAUGUUUGUACUGCAAUAAAACGUACCUACAUAGUUUUAACCGUGUUUGGUAAGAUUUAUUCUGUGAUGCAGUGUAAACGGGGUCUUAUAUUGCUUUAUUUUUACAUUUCAGAGAACUUUAAAUAUUUUAUAUUAAAAGCGCCACUUGAUAUACAAUUGAGUUUUAACUUUUGCAUUGUUUUUAUGUACUUAUUUGUGAACGUUAUGUAUUAAUUUGUAAGUUGUAUGUUUCUUGUUAGGUUUUGUUUUUUUUUGUUGGUAAAGUUGCAUUUAGUAUAUGUAUAUUUACGUUGUUGAGUUUGAAGUAUUUAGUAAUUUGUUUUAAAUUAUCUCGUUGAUGAGUCCUUGCUUCUGUUUCGAAGCAGCAAUGGUACCUAUUGAUUCGGUU